GUAUUUUCCAGGAACUAUAUUUAGAUGUUUUCCAAGCAGCGUUGCUUAGCCAUAGCCGGUUCGAGUACACUUUCCACACGUGCUAUGUAAAAACACACCUGCAUGAUAUUCCUCGAGUACACGUCAGAAUGAAGAGCAUGCUUCUGAAAGAACUACAGCCCUGAUUACUUUCAGUGUGAAAGUUGUGGUGAAAAGCACAGACAGGCAGACAGCACAGUCCUUUCUGUUAAGUUCAUGUUUUCUUCUCACCUGAGUGAUUUCUUUGAGAACGAGGACAGAACAAUUAUUCAGUGCAGUACACCGCCACAACAGCAAGAAAAUCAUCUUGCAGCACUUUCCCAACCACAAACUUUACUGAAUCCAGUUCCAGGGACUCGUAACGUAGGUGUUGAAGGGUGGCUUUGAAAAUGUCUGUAUAUACCGACACCCCGGGGUGUUCACACGACAGCGGCAGCCGAGACAACGACACUAACAACGAUGGAGACGUCGAUAUGGAAGACGACGACGUAGACUAUACCCUCAUCUCUGUCAAUCAGUGGAAAUGGCUGAUUCAGUUCUACAGGAAACUUCUAGUAGAUGUAAUUCGUCCUUUAAAGAUAAUGAUGAAAAUGAGGUUGCCAGAUUUGGAUAAAUCUGUCCAGCAAAAGGUAGAAAGAUUAGAGUCAGAAGAGAAAAGUAAUGAAGCAGCAGAAUAUUUUUUGAAUGUUCUUCUGGAGUAUAGUGAAAAAAAAAAGGAACACGAAUCAAAGGCAAUGUGGUCACUAUUUGACGAGGCAUUAAAGUCAGAAUAUAAAUGGCUUCAUUGUGCUAUACUUGAAAACGGUGAUGUUGAACUUCAGUCCCAACAAAAAGAAUUGAUUCAGUUCUUCAUGGAAGAUAUUGUCAGACAGGUUGAUCCUAUGCAUCUUAUGAUUUCUCUCUUGUCAAAAGAUUUGCUGUCUACAGAUGAAUGUCAAAAUUUGACAAGCAUUCAUCGAAAUUAUGGGAAUCUAACAAGUUGUAUUUAUAUGAUCAACAAUGUUCAUCGCCACAGUGAAGAAUGGUAUGGAAAACUUCUUGAAAUCAUGUACGAGAAUGGCUAUGAAGAACUUGUAAAGAAAAUUGAUGAAAUAGAAUAUGGAAAGAUCCAAGCAUCACGAACAGAAGAGCAUGCCCAUGUUUCAUGUUCAGAGGAGGUAUAUAUGUCAGACUUGUCACUCAAGAAAGAGUUCUGUGCUGAUGCUUAUCUGCUGCUGCAGGUGUCCAGCAAGCCCUCCCCUACUCCUCUCCUCCCUAUGGAAUAGAGUACACUGAAGCACACAAAUCAGGAUCAAAAAACUUAUGUGGGUCAAGUUCUGGACAGGAGAGUGACCCUCAGAAUAUAACUACGAAUGUUGAAGAUCUUAAGAAUUACAG